AUGCGCAGCAGCUGUAGCAUUUCCCGAAAUGGAUCCACUAGAACUUUGUCAACAUCACCCAAGAAGCCCUUGAAGGCGGCUUCUUCUCCUAGAAGUAGUGGCGACUUCCAAGUCUUACGACAAGGAAUCGAAAAAGCUCGGGAUACUGUACAUAUAUCAAGAAUGGAACUUGCCUCCUGCCUUGAUCGACUCGGGGAGCAUUAUGCCCGACAUCACGAAUUCGACGAAGCCAUGGAUGCAUUUACCGAAGCGCUCCACGAGAAGCGAAGCGUCCUUUCGCAUAUAUUACCAGAGAACUUGUGGUCGAGUAAGAGCGCCCUUUCCCCACCGUUGGCAGUCGAUUUCGAAGAUAAAACCGGUGGAGACUCUUUUGACAACUUGACCGACGAAAUUAUCAUGACUUUGCGUAGUCUUGGAAACGUCCACUCUCUUCGUGGGGAACAAGACGAGGCCAUGCGGUAUUUCACAGAAAUUACCAAUCUUCGAGCAAGGAAGACGGAGAAAAAAGCUGACAGCGGCGACCAAGCCCUCUUUUCAGGACUAGGAAUUGACGAAGACAACUCGGCACAAAUGGCUGAAAUCAAUGAAGAUAUGAAAGCUCUAGGCGACAUGUUUCAAAUCGUUUCGUUUCGAGACCGUGAAAAUGGUUUGCUCACGCAAAGAAGUCGGAUGACUUCGACACUUAGAAGCUCCGCAAAAGAGAACACUUCUUGUUCGAGCAAUAAAAGGAGAAAAAGCGACUCUUACUGCGGGAUUAUGCCCGUCAUCGAAAGUGAGCCCUUCAAACGAUCUUCUUCACUUUGUCUUUAUGCUACGAAUAGUGACCUUAGUGAAGCUCUCCGGAUGUAUAAAGCUGUUCUUGAGUCAUAUACUGGUCCCAAGCUAGAGCAGCACAAGGACAUUUUUAACUCUCUUGCCUUAAGAGUCGAUCUGCUGGCGGAAACUGGUCAGCAAGACGACUUGGGCUCGACAAGCAAAAACAGAUUUGAUAAGAACCUAGACCUUGCGGUGGAGAUCUAUCAGCACACUCACACAGCACAAGUGGAAAUGAUUACGACGGAAAGGUCGGGGUCGGGGUCGAAUCCCCAGGCAUGUAAGGGUAUUGCCUCGACUUUAAUUCGUAUGGGAGGUCUCUACUUUAAGCUUGGACGUCGGGUUGAAGAGUUGAGCAUGUACAAACAGGCGAAGGACGUUUACUGUCGAGCAUUCGGAGACAAGCACCCUUUCGUUGCUGGGGCAAGGAAAAAUAUUGGCAUGGUUAUGGCCGAAAGAGGGGAAUACGACAACGCAAUGGAUCAGUUCAAAAGAGCAAAAGAAAUUUAUCUCGCUGUCAAUAGAGGUGACGAAAUCAGCAGAAACGUUGCCAGUGCCAUAUCUUGUAUGGGAAAUGUCAAAAAUCGAAUAGGAGAACUUGACGAGGCCCUUGAACUGUACGUGGAGGCCCUGCGAAUCUACAAGGCAAUUCAGGCCAAGCCAACGGACAAUGAGUGCGACGAUGUUUGCACUUUGGAUGUGACAGCAACACUAAAGGUGAUUGGGAUGGUACAUUCAAGAAAGGGGAACCUUGAUACUGCAAUGUCAGUCUUCUUGGAGGCCCUGACUCUGCUUCGAACGUAUGGGGAUAAUGCUACAGCAAGCUGUAAAGAAACGACCUCAUCUGUCUUGACUAGGAUGGCCAGCAUCUACGCGAAGAAGGGUGAGCUGGACCAUGCGAUGGAUCGUUACAAAGAGGCUUACGAGAUCUCUGUCCAGAAUCACGGGACGACAAGCCAUCAAGAAGUCGCUGGUAUUCUGCAUUAUAUUGGUGGUAUUUUUCACAAGCGAUCAAAUUUUGACGAAGCAAUGAACUGCUACCAAGAGGCUAUUCGCAUCUACCAUGAAACACUCGGGCCUGGAAAUGCAGCUGUAGCGGGAACCCUUGUCAUGGUGGGAAGCAUCCAUUACAAACGCCGAAACCUGGACUCUGCGAAAAUGUUCUAUCGGGAAGCUCUUCGACUAAACAGGGAUGCCUACGGCUUUCACCACCCAGAUGUGGCUCCUAUCCUCAAAAGUAUUGGCACAAUCCUCACAAAGAAAGGAGAAUACCAAGAGGCAUAUGACAUGUUUAGGGAUGUACUUUCGAUCAAGUGCACGAUUCAUGGUACCGGUCAUCCCGAGGUCGCUAGUGCCUACAAAAGCCUGGGGAAUGUCCACUACAAGCUCGGUGAGCUUGCAGAUGCGGAACGACAAUAUCGACAUGCUCUGAAUAUUUUUCGACGUACUCGCGGAGAAGACCACGCCGAUACAAUUGCUGCUAAAACAACAAUUGAUCAUAUACGCUACUGGAUGAAGGAGCGAGGCCAGCGAAAGCAUGAGCAACGACAAGCUCGGAGCCGCGCCUUGUCGGAGGGACGAGAUGAGGAAAUUGAUAAACGCAGUUUCUGA